UUUUUUUUUUUUUUUUUGUGUGUGUGUAAAUUUCCUGAAAUCUAAGACCUUUUAACUCAUUGGCAUCUCUGAAUGAGGGGGCAGCAUUGUGCUAUGCUGGCGUUUGGCCUGCCGGAAAUAAUUAGAAGAAGAAGAAGUGUUACCAUGCUAUUAUAAGCUAACGCACGCAACAAUGGAUAAGGACGGGCUUUUGGGGGGGAAGUUUUACUUUAAGAAGUUGCCUAACGGCCUGUUGGACAAAACGAAAGUAACGUGCACAAUUUGCAAAGCUGAAUUCAGGUACCACAGAAGCAAUUCGUCUCUGUGCUAUCACCUGAGAGCAAAACACCCAGCUGAAUCCACCUCUACGGGACCUUGCCAAUCUACGCCUCAGGAUUAUGGUGCUCGUGGACGAAUAACAAAACAAGUGAGUGAAAAGCUAACCAAUUCCUUGGUUGUUUGGAUAGCUAAAAACUGCCGGCCAGUUUGCAUAGUAGAAGAUGAUGGACUGAGAGAAGUCAUUCGCGCUGCAUCAGGAGACGUGUGUUACAAUCUUCCCUCGAGAGAAACCAUUGUGUCGAGACUGCACACUUUGUUUGAGGACCAGAGGGCUCAGCGGUCCAGCAAGCUUGUGCAAGUAAGGAAUGUCGCUCUCACAGGAGACCACUGGACGUCUGUGAACAACGAUAACUACUUGGGCGUCACAGCGCACUUUAUUGAUAACGACUGGACACUACAAUCGUUUGCACUAACAGUGAGUAAAACUGAAGAGCGACAGUGUGCUGAGGCGUGUGCUGACCAUUUUCUGAGUGUUGCAAACGAAUGGAAAAUCAAGGACAAGUUAACCACGUUUGGUACCGACAGUGCUCGUAACAUGGUUGCAGCCGCCAGACUACUUCCAUUUGAACACAUGCCCUGCACGGCCCACAUUCUGCAAAGAACGGUCACAGUUUCUCUUAACGACAGUGAAUUUGAAAGGGUUCUGGCCAAAUGUCGCAAGGUUGUUGGACAUUUUAAGCAGAGUCCAGCGAACGCUCAGGAAUUAAAGGAACAGCAAGUUGCACAUGGACAUAAAACAGAACCACUUGUUCGGGAUGUUCCAACAAGAUGGAACUCCACCCUAGAGAUGAUCAAGCGGAUCCAGAGAAACAAAUCUGUGCUGACCACCAUCCUGGCUCAGCAAAACAGCAUGGUGACUAUGGUGACUGACCAGGAGUUUGACAUGCUGCAAAAACUGGAGGAACUACUUGAACCUUGCAGAUAUGUGACCGAACUGCUGGGGGGGAAGCAGUAUGUCUCCUGCUCUGUGGUGUUGCCAGCCUUGUGUUAUUUGUUCAGGGUUAUGGAGCUCUCAGAUGAUGACCCAGUCUACGUUUUGAGGUUUAAGAAGGUUUUUACCACAGACCUAGGUCAGCGGAGGGACAGCACCAAUCUGACAUGGCUGAAGAUCGCUACUGCCCUUGAUCCCAGGUUUAAAGACCUUAAGUGUCUUUCCAAAGAUGAAAGAAGAGAGGUGUGGGCUUCAGUACAUGACCUUGUGAUGGCAGAGACGCAUGCACACCAACCAUCUGCUCAGACAACAGAGGAACCAUCACCAAAAAAGAGAAAGAUCUCCAUCUGCUUGCUGGGUACUUCAGAUUCAGAUUCAGAGGAGGAGGAAGACUCUGUAGAUCGCUGUCUGGAUCGGUACAAAGCAGAGCCCAAAAUAGACAUAGAGGAGUGUCCACUACAGUGGUGGUUAAAGAGAGAAGGAGCACAUGCCAGGCUGGCACCUAUUGCAUGCAAAUACCUGUCAACCCCUGCAACCACAGUGCCUUGUGAGAGAUUAUUCUCACUCUCAGGUCACAUCAUUCAAAAGAGGAGUGCUUCUUUGUCCUCAGAUGAUGUAAACAAAAUAGUCUGCCUCAGUAACUGGCUGAGUGCAAAGGACUAAGCCAAAUUGCUGCUUUGGAGAGAAAAAUGUUUACUGCUCUGGGUUUUCAGCUGUGUCUUUUUGUGUUUUAAAUAUUGACUUUUGUGCACCCUUUUGAAAUUCAGCAUUAAGAUGUUACACAUUUUGUUAUUUACAUUUCUGUUGUUAGAUUCUAUAAGAAAUUAUUAUUAUUAUUAUUAUUAAAGCUAAAAUCUCAUUUUAAUGGCAUUUAUUGUUAUGGUAUUGUGCUAGCACUUUAACCUCAGUAUUAUUUCCUAUCAGCAGAUACUAGAAACACUUCUGUAAUGUGAUUCACUGUUUAUGACUUUGAAGAUUUUUUUUUUAGUUGUAUUUCACAGGACAGAAUCUGUGUUAAAGAUUGACAAAAGCUAUUAAAAAUGUUUUUGAAUUUAAGCAUA